GGGGGGGACGGGCUGCUCCCCGCCGGCCGCGGCGUCCCCGUUCCCCGCAGCCCUUCCCUGGCCGGUUCCCUUCCGCCAGACUUCCGUAGUGGCUUGUUAGCGAGGGUGGGGUUUGAGGAGGGUUUCGCUUGUUUAAGUGGUGGGUGCAUAUGAAAGGGAUUAGGCAGAUAAGUGAUGAAGUGGGAGCUCCCCUGAGAAAUGUCACGGAGACCUCAGAAAUUGGAAUCUCCAAAGAAGAGGCGCUGGAAGCAUUGCAGGUUGUGAGGCAGGAAUGUCACAGGGAUGCAGCAAAGACAGCUGGGGGAUCAGGUGCCACCAGAAAGUGCACAGCACUGGAACUUCUGGAAGAAGAACAAGCCCAGGGCUUCAUCAUCACCUUUUGUUCAGCACUAGACAAUAUUCUGGGAGGUGGUGUGCAACUAACAAAAAUCACUGAGAUCUGUGGAGCGCCUGGUGUUGGGAAAACACAGCUAUGUAUGCAGUUGGCAGUAGACGUACAGAUCCCGGAAUGCUUUGGGGGCGUAGCUGGAGAAGCCGUGUUCAUUGAUACCGAAGGAAGUUUUAUGGUAGACAGAGUAGCAGAGAUUGCAACUGCCUGUGUGCAGCAUUGCCAGCUUAUUGCCGAAGCUCAUCAAGAAGAAGAUCAUCUGAAAGCUUUGGAGACUUUCUCUCUUGAAAGUAUCCUUUCUCAUAUAUAUUACUUCCGUUGCUGUGACUACAUAGAGCUUCUUGCACAGGUCUACCUCCUCCCAGACUUUCUUUCAGAGCAUUCAAAGGUCCGACUGGUGGUAGUUGAUGGAAUUGCAUUUCCUUUUCGCCAUGACUUUGAGGACCUCUCACUUCGAACAAGGCUUUUGAAUGGUCUGGCACAACAGCUGAUCAUCAUAGCAAAUGAUCACAAAUCAGCGGUAGUUCUGACAAACCAAAUGACAACAAGGUUUGGACAAAGCCAGUCCACAUUGGUACCUGCUUUAGGAGAAAGCUGGGGACAUGCUGCUACUGUCCGUUUAAUUUUUCACUGGGACAACAGUCAGAGGUUGGCAACGUUGUACAAAUCACCGAGUCAAAAGGAGUCAACCGUACCCUACCACAUUACAUCUCAUGGCUUCCGAGAUGUGCAGCCUCCAGCUGUCACUCAAAAUGCAGAAGAUACUGAAAUGAACCCUCGCAAACGGCCACGGAGAGAAGAGGAAAAGUAAUAGUGAUUCAGAAGUUGAAUGUUAAAAAAUGUGUGCUACAUAGGAGAACAACUGCAUACUGAUCAUGCAACCAGAGGUAGCCUGAGAGACUCUAAUUUAUAAAUUCCUUCUCUGGACAUUAUUUUAACAUUAAGACUGCAAUAUGCAAAUUUAUGUCACAGGAAAUUCCUUUGUGUAUGGCAUAAUUUUCCUUUUGUAAUAAAAAUCUAUGUUUUCUAUAA